AUGGCUUGCCGCUGUGCCGUCCCGCUCCUGGCAGCCGCACUGGGAUGUCUCCUCGGACCUUUGGUCCAUGGACGACCACCUGUGAGCUCCCGUCCCCAACAACAACACAUGGACACCAUUGCCGAGAACAACGAAGGAAGCGAUGCUGGGGGCGACUGGGGUGAGCCCCAACCUGAGCCGGCGAGCGACCCUUACCAUCAGUGGAACAGCCAAUGGACAGCGGGACAGACAGACCUGGGGUCGGGUCAGUGGUCGCCUACGUGGUCGUGGACGUCGUGGUCCACAUGGGAACCGUCGUCGGAUCGGGAUGGAAACCUUGGACCCGGGCAGUGGUCGCCUACUUGGGCAUGGUCCUCCUGGGGCGAGCAACAUGGAAGUGGUGCUGAUGCUGGACAAGGGCCCCUGGACGUCAUAGAGGGUGGCAUAAUGACCGGUGGGAUGACAACUGGGACAACUGGCAACAACACCACCAAUGGCAUGACCCACGGAGGGAUGGCCACCGAGGACAUGAUGUACCGCGAGAACAUGGAGCUCCAGUUGCACAUCGAAGACACGCUGAUUCAGAACACCAUCGACCUGCUGACCGUGCUGACCGACGAGGAGAAAGGGGUGAAGGUGACUACCUCUGGGUGCCUGGCUGGGGUCGUGGUGCUCCUCUUCUACCCCCUGAACGUCGUGCCAGUGGGUUCUAUCGUGCUGGCAAUUGGGUUGAUCGGCCUCGUACCGACUGGGAAGAACGCUGGCAAAGAGGGGGGGGCACAGUGGUUUGAUGGAACCUUCCGACCUGCAGCAUUUCGUCGUGCUCAAGCUGAUGGAGCCGGGGUGACCGUCGACAAUGACCUCCGCGACUACUUCCGGGAACUUCUUCAACGGGCUGACAACCGUGGACCUCCUAGUGGAAGCGGCGGUGCCAGUGGCCAAGGAUCCCGUGAUGGAGACCCUCAACGACACAUGGUGCAUCAGGUUCGUUCUACAACGGGGGAUGGGACGUGGACCUCUCCGUGGUGGAGUGCUGACGAAUGGAGAGAAUGGGGGCGUGCUCAGUGCCGGAACAUGGGAUUUGACGGGAGCCACUUUGCAGUCGACUGGUCGGGCCCUGGCCUACCUGAGAUUGAGCACUAUGUCAACAUGCUCAGGGUUGGAACCACUUCGUUCUGCCGACCUUCAUGGACUAUGACAUCGACGACCUCCUCCACGACCUCUGCCUCUUCUACGACUUCAUCCGGGACGUCAUCCUCGCAGUCUUCCAGGGCCAGUUUUCCCUCCAGCAGUGGGGAUGAACGAGCAGACGGGACACUGGAGUCUGUGGAGGAUGAAGUGGCCAUGAUGCAGACUGGGGCGACGGGCCGUGCCAGGGAUGGUGACGAUGAGGAAGCUCGCGGACAUAACCGUUCUGGCGAUGAAGAUGAGCAGGGUUCCAAUGCCACCAUUCGGGAUGACCAAGAACAGCCACCGGCUCAGAGUUUCCAACUCACCGCUGAUGAACGAGAUGAACUCAUGGAACUGGGGUGGGACAGUGGUGUCGUCGAUGACCUCCGGGAGUUUCUACUGUACCUCGAGGAUAUCCGUGAAAGAGCUGGGGUGGAAGCUGUGUCCUGGGCGUUGGGACAGUGGGCACACUCGCUCAUCCUGUCGGAGGCGACCCUUGAUCUCGUACAUGACAUCCUCUUCCGUCGCGUUGGGGGUGAAAAUGAGCAGCGGCCGGAAGACCUUGGGAUGAGAGGUAGACUUUGCGUGGGCUUCGCCGGCUUCCAGAAGGUGCUCGGGGCGUUCCACCUUCAACUAGUCCAGCGGCUCCUCCAGGACGUGUGGCUCCAGGCGGCUGACGUGGGUGACCCCCCGUAUCUUCCCGCACCUGGGAUGAUGAUCGCUCAGAACACGAACACGGCCGCCGUGGCCUUAGAAACUGCGAGAGCCAGGGCGAGAGCGAUGGUGGAACGAGCGCGUCAACGACAGCGGGGAGGUGAACACGCCGAUGCUGGGGAUGUUCCCACACGAGGUGCAAGAGGAAGCGACGACCCAGCUCCCACCAACGACAAUGGCGACAACGAGGACGUCAGUGCUGAAGGGGAUGCAACGAUCAUGAUGCAACUCACGCCUGCUGAGGAGAAUGAGCUCGACGAGUUAGGGGUGUGCGAUGAACUACGUGGAGCACUUCGUGAACUUUUGCGCGGGUUGGAACAGCAAGAACAACGAGACGUUGGAGCAGAGUACAGAUGGGGCGUGCAACAAGUCCUUGAUGCUGCCUCCAGUGCACACAUCGUCGCCCAAGGGAUGGAGCGGAUCUUGGGAGCGAGAGUUCGUCCUAGCGCGGUGAUGUGCAGCUAUCCCAGCCAGCGUGUUCCACCCUAUGGGGCGCUACGCUCGAGGGUCGCAUCAUGGAUGAGCGAGUUCCAGUUCCUCGUGGUGAAGUCGUUCGAGAAGGAACUUGAGUCGGCGCUACGUGAGCUCACGGGAUGUCCCCCGGGCUCUCUUGAAAUGGUGGGACCACUUGAAGAUGGUGUUGGGCACUCCCGAGCCACUCGGGAUGCUCCACGUGGAAGCAGGUCGCGCUCACGCUCUACAAGACGCCCUGGGGCGGCAGCCACUCAACGGGGUGAACGCCCUCCUGCCGCAGAACCCGUAGCUAAUGCCGCACCUCCUGCUCUACCACAGCCUCCAGUUCUUCCUGUUCGUGCUGCACUACCUCCUGAAGAACCGGCUGUCUGCCCAGCCUCCUCUUCUGGGGGUGAUCGUCCUACGAUGCCUCUGCCGCCCACUGUGGGAAGUAGCCCUGACCUUGGGAUGGAAAACAAUGCUGAAGCGACUGUGUCUGCUGUUCCACAAGGAGAUGGUGGCCAUGCGCCUGACGACCCUCGUGAUGAAGGCGUUCCUCCUGUUGCUGGUGCCGACGCUGGACUACAAGUACGUGCUGCUCUACCUGGCCCCGCUGUUCCUCCUGUACCUGGGGAGCCUCCGCGUGCCGAACAGGACCCUGCUGGGUUACAGGUGCGUGCUGCUCUACCUGACGCCGCUCUUGCCCCUGUUCCUGGGGAGCCUCCUCGUACUGAACGGGAUCCUUAUGAGGGCCGUGUUGGAAUCCACAAGAAGUCUCUGUCUGAGGGAUGA